CUUUCGACCCUCCAUUCAGCCUUGGACGACUCCACCCAGGUUGCUGGCCUUUUUUUAUACUUUGCACGUUCAAUCGAGGACCGCGACCACGCUCCGAAUUACAUCUUCCUGUCUGCGCUGUUCGAAAACCGCGUUGCGUCAUCGCUAGGUUCCCCUCGCUGCACCACAAACAAACUUUACGAUACCAACUGCGCGACGUUGAUUCUCACCCACAACAACGCAACAACACAACAACAACAACAACAGCAACACCUACACUGUCACUUCUCGUUGGAGAACCAUGCGCCAGAAUGCAGACCGGAGAAUGCGACAGCCAGGAGUGGUGCCGUAGGAACAGCAGCAACGGAGACAACAGCCAUACCUAUCCUCACAUCCCACUCGGCACUCGUGUAGUACCUUUGCUGGCCCACGAACACCCUCCCCUCAACUUUGCGCGCCGGCACAACGCUCCGAUCCCCAACCAUUGUGAUCCCGAGUACCACCACUACCAGGCUUCCCGCACUGUCGCCCUAGCCAACGGCGUUUCCAACCUCCAUACCGAGCUCUCUACGCGUUGCCCCGUGGAGCUGCUCACUAUGAAGAAUCACUCGCUGACCAUAACUUACCACAGCCAGAGCAAGCUCUCCCAGCAGGAGCUAGCCGACCUCCAGAAAGCGACCCACUUCGACAAGAAGGAGCUGCAGCAAUGGUAUAAAGGUUUCUUGAAGGACUGCCCAUCUGGCAUGCUCACCAAGGAGGAGUUCCAGAAGAUUUACAAGCAAUUCUUUCCGUUUGGAGAUCCGUCGUCAUUCGCAGAUUACGUGUUCAAUGUCUUUGACGCCGACAAGUCAGGCACGAUAGACUUUAAGGAGUUCAUCUGCGCUCUCAGCGUCACCAGCCGAGGAAAGAUGGAGGACAAGCUCGACUGGGCGUUCCAACUUUACGACAUAGACGGUGACGGCAAGAUCAGCUACGAGGAGAUGCUCGCCAUCGUGGAGGCUAUCUACAAGAUGGUCGGCUCCAUGGUCAAGCUCCCAGAAGACGAGGAUACGCCCGAGAAGCGCGUGCGCAAGAUCUUCAGGAUGAUGGACAAGGACGAGAACGGCAGUCUGGACAUGGCCGAGUUCAAGGAGGGCUCCAAGCGCGACGAAACCAUUGUGUCGGCACUGUCGCUGUACGACGGUCUGGUAUGAGGGAGGACUGCGUUGCUCAUGGCUCGUCUUGU